AAAGGAACAAUGUCGUUUUUCUAAUUCAUCAUAAAUUUUCUAUAUUCAUCUAUAGUCAAAUGGCCCAUUUACACCAUUACAUACAAAAUAGUUCCACAUACCUUUUCCAUUUAUCCACCACACACAGCGAUUAACAUUCCCUACUACACACACUUACAACACACCCCAUUUUCUUUUGUACACUUACACCCUCACACCACUCAUUGGAUCUUUUUGAGUCAAAAUCCCUCUUCCUCCCUGUACCUCAUGAAGACCAUGUUUUUGUACCACUUUCUAAAUUGGGUCAUACUUGGACAUUGCUUUAAAUCACUAUUUAAUCCAUUCCAUAAUUUUACCCCACAAACAGAGAUGCACUGACUUUUUACUGUUGUUCGUGCGCACAGAUGGGUAUUUUAAAUUCCAUUCCUCUCUCAAAUUAUAUUGUUUAUAUGAGAAAUACUUUUGUGUAGGAGCUGUUGGUCUGCUAAUUGCUAAAACACAUUCAUAAAAUUCACAUCUUUGCUGUGUUCUAAAUGUUUUCAUGAAAAUGGAAUGCCAUGAACAACCUGUUUACCUGUUCCUGGAUGUGCUAUAGAGGGCGUGAUUCAUGGUUCCAAAUUACUAAAAUUGUCCAGGUCUUGAAGCUGCCCCAUACCAUCACACUGCCACCACCAUGUCUGGCUGUAGUACUCCAGAUGGAACUGGAUGCACACCUUCCAGGUAGGCCUGCUUUUGUCUCUUCAGUCUACAGAUUUAUCCAGAAGUCUUUGGGAUCAUUGGGGUGUUUUUGGUGAGGCCAGCAGGGCUUUAGAUGUUGUUCUGGAUUUUCCUGUUCUUGAACAUCUUUAGAAGAAGGCAUGAAGGUUGCUUCUAUCUUCUGACCUACUUUGUUUUGGCACACAGGUUCUUUUGGAAUGGGUUUUAGUUCUCCAGGUCUGGUAGUGAUCAGAUUUCUCAUUUCUAAAGCUUACUUAUGCACAGAACGGUCUGGAAAUCAUAUAAGCUCAUUUUGGACAUGGAAAAUCUUGCAACACAGCUGGUUAAAUGGUUGCAUGACCACAUUUUCACACCGUGACACACACACACACACACACACACACACCUCAACUGUGAAUAAAAAUGCGAACCUGAACGAAAAUACAUUCAUUGUACUUCUCACACACACACACACACACACACACACACACACACAAAUACACACACAGAGGGAGAGAGUGUAUUGUGCAAAAGUUUUGGCAGGUCUGAAAAAUGCUGCCAACAAAGAAUGCUUUCAGAAAUAUAAAUGAUUGUCACUGAAAGAAAAGCCGAGUCGAAAUUGUCCAAAUUGUUUUAAUGAACCCCUGCUCUGUGUGUGGCUGGUGUGACUGAAGCAGAUGGUGUAUUUUUACUAGUUUAGUGCAAUUUAUCAUAUUUUUAUUUUGAACUACAAUCACAAAUAAAUUAUUUAAUCAACAAAACAUACUUUGGUUACGUUCUACUCUGCUUGCAUGCUUUAUUAUGGCCAUGCCUCCUGAAUUACAAGCAGUGUGGCAGCAUGCAGCACAUUUUCUACACAUGUUUUGUUAACACUGAAAUUGCUGAAAUUUAUUUUAAUUUUCAGUGACUUCCUGUUUGGAUGACAAGGCUGUCACAGCGGCUCUUCUCUUCUUUUAUAGCAGCACUGUCUAUGAAUGCUUUCUUGUUUUACUGUGUUUUUGGUGUUAAUCUGUGGUUACUGGUGACAUCUUGCGCUGCUGCUGAUCCUUUUAUCUCCUCAGAGGACUCGUCGCCUGUCAGCUGCUUACUGAGGAUUACUCUUCCUGCAGGACGAUCAGAAGUUUGCAAUCGAAGCAGAGAAUGGGUGGGUUUGGAUGGGUUCAGGAAGGGCUGAAGCUACUGCUGGUCUGCUGGCUGGCAGGCGGAUCAGUGCUGGCUCUGGUCCGGCACCCUGUGCCCGUGCUGUUGAUGAUGCCGGUCAGCCCUGGGCCAGGUCGAGAGAACCUGACGGCCAGACUGGUUCCAGCUGUCAGACUGGCUCUGCAGGACCUGGAGAAACAGCCACCACCACUGGGAAACUAUGAGAUCCAGUUCCAGCUGCUGGACUCACAGUGUGAUCCUGCUAAAGCUCUAAAAGUCCUGUUUGACACCUUGUGGGCGGGGCCUAGGUACCUGUUGCUGUUUGGGGGGAUGUGUCCACCCGUAACGGCGCUCAUCGCUCGUGCUCUGCCUGCUCUCAGCCUGGUUCAAGUGUCCUUUGUGGCCCCGCCCCCCAGCCAAUCCAACAAGAAGUGGUACAGGAACCUGUUCAGCACAGCUCCUUCAGUUCGAAAUCUGAACCAGGCCGCAGUGAAGCUGCUGCAGCGAUACAAGUGGAGGCGAAUCGGGCUGGUUACAGAGGAAGAACCUGGGUUGACUGAGAUGAAGAAGGAUCUGAUCCGACAGCUGCUGAAGGCCGACGUUCAGCUCGUUGCUGCAGAAAACUUCUCUGACGAUGCCUGCAGCAGCCUGAAGGAGCUGAAGAAACGAGAUGUACGCAUCAUCAUCGCCUUAUUUGAGGAUGGUUCUGUGUCUGAAGUGCUCUGCUGCGCCUACCGACUAAACCUGUUUGGACCUCGGUACCAGUGGAUUUUUGCAGCUGGAGGAACAGCUGGAUGGAGGCUGGGAUGGCAGCCAUCACAUUGCUCUGCUCACAACCUGUUGAUGGCGGCCGAUGGAUCCUUCAGGCUACAGGCCCGAGACUUCAGCACCAGAAACACACCAGGAGUCUCUGGACGGACUCCUCAUGACUUCCAGGAGUCCUACCUCAAGCAGCUGAUGCAGGAGGGGUCAGAGGGCAGCCCUCACCACACCUUUGCCUAUGAUGCAGUUUGGGUCGCUGCCAGGGCGCUAAGUCAGGUGAUGGAAGCGGUGAAACUCCGAGAGAAAUAUGGAGCUCAGAGAAAUGUGACGGUCAGUGAGGAAGAGGAGGUCAAGAUGCUGAUAGAGGCUGUGAAGAACACACAGUUCGAAGGAGUCACUGGCUCAGUUUCGUUCCGUAAUGGGGACAGAAUGACGUCCAUUGAGCUGAUCCAGUUUCAGGGUGACAGUGGUGUGCUGGUAGGAGAGUUUAACACAAGCAACCAGCAGCUCCGACUGAUGAACCACCUGCUCAAGUUCAAAGGUCCAGGUCCAGCUAAAGACCAGACUCUGGUCCACCUGCACCACCACCACAUCAGCCUCCUUCUUUACACCACGGUGUCAUCAGCUGCUGCUGUAACCAUCUUCAUCACUCUGAUCAUCCUCUGCUUCAUCAUCAUCAAACACAAACACUGGCUGCUGAGCUCCAACACCUCCUCCUGGGACAAGCUGCUCCUGGUGGGCCUCCUGCUGUCCUCCACCUCAGUCCUCCUCUCCGGACUGGAUGGUGCCUCGCUCCCAGAAGAAGUCUUUAACAUUCUCUGUUCUGCCCGUUUGUGGACUCUCUCUGUGGGGCACACGGUGGGCUUCUCGGUCCUGCUCGCCAAGACCUGGAGGGUCUACUUCUUCUGCAACAUCAGGCAGAGGCAGAAUCACAUGCAGCCGGGGCUCCUUCUGCUCUGGAUGUUCCUGCUGGAUGUUCUUAUUCUGACCUCCUGGCAAGUCAUGGACCCCCUCAGAUGGGUGGUGCUUCACCACAGCUCAGAGGAAUACCUUGAUGAUCAGGACGUCAUCAUCCGCUCAUAUUCUAAACUCUGCAGCAGCACCAACAUGGAGCAGUGGCUCACAGCUGUGUAUGGAUACAAAACACCUGUGAUGGGUUUUGGUUGUUUCCUGGCCUGGAGCAUCAGGACAGCAGAUCUGGGUCCUUCUGCCGCCAGCAGUAAGCUCCUCAUCCUCAGCGUGUUUUCUGUGACGCUGUUCAGCAUGUCGGGUGUGAUGGGAGCUCUGCUGACAUCCCAUGAUCCUCCUGUUCAGUUCUGUCUGAGCAGCAUCCUCAUCCUCAGCUGUAACCUCUUCAUCCUGAGUGGUCUGUUCGGACCUCAGAUUUGUUUAGUUUUAUCAAGCAGCAGGAAGCUGCAGCAAUCAGCUGAGCUGCAGGAUGAAGCAGCAGAUGAGGAAGAUGAGGACCGGCUGAGAAGGAUGAAUGAGGAGCUGAAGAGUCAAAGCGCUCAGCUGGAUGUCCAGGUAGAAACCAUCAACUUGCAGCUCUCUGAGAUGAUUCAGGAUGAAGCAGGAGGAAAACUUGGACCUGAACUCAGUUCUCGGAUGUCAGCUCAUGAAGUUCAGGUCUGUUCUUACAGCAAACACCUGCAGGAAAAAGCGUCAAGUCCAGUCGACAUCAACUCUCCUGAACACGUCCAACGCCGUCUGUCCGUCCAGCUUCCUAUCUUGCAUCAUUCCUACCUCGCCAUGAUUGGCGGCGUCAGCUCCAGCAGCUCCAGUCUGUUUAGCAGCCGAGAUGUUUUUAUGCACCACCAUGAAGACUUCCUGUACGGCUGAAGGCGUGAAGCCAGGAAUCCAGUCGGAGCAACGCUGAGGUCACCAUCGGUCAGAGAAAUGUUUCUCAAAGAUUCUACAGAAAAACUGUUCCUUUGCUGUUUUCUCCUCAUCAACAAAGCAUGAAAAUAAUAACUGAUUUUUAUACAAACACUGUUUAUUGAUUUAUUUUAUUUACUUAUUUAUUUAUGAAAGCUUCUGGAGUUUUAUUUCAAUAAGAAUAAAAUUGAAAUAUCUGAAAUAAGUUAUGUUUUCUGUCAUUUUUACAGGAUAGUUUUGGCAACUAAAGGUUUUUAUUGACCCCAAAGAACAAAAAUACACAGACAGGAAGACCAGAAGACAUCAGCCAAUCAAAAUAAAGAGAAGCUGCUUCAUGUCUCUCUUUGGCAGCAUUUAGAAGUUGGGGGAGCGCGGGACAUUUCUGAAGUUUCAUCACUUAAACACACCAUCUUUGAGCUGCUGCUCACUGGUUUUAUACACUGAUCAAACAAUUAAAGUACCACAUUUCACAACCACAGAACAGUGCUGUUGUCUAGCUGCAGACCUGUUCAUUCUGUCAGGGGAAAAAAGAGGAUUCAUGAAGGAUUCAGAGGAAGUUGUACCCUCCAACAACCACCAGCAGACGAGGAGGACAAGUGUCAUCCCCAAGAACACAAUGGCUGACACAGACAGUCCGGGUUUGAACCAUGAUAAUACAUCAAACUCAUAUAGCGCUUGUUUAGGACACUCAAAGACGCUUUCAUGCAUUCUCCCAUUCACACACUGCUAGUGAUGGUAAGCUCAUUUGUAGCCACAGCCGCCCUGGUGCGAUCUGACAAAGGCGAGGCUGCCAUUUGGCACCGUCGACCCCUCUGAUUAUGCACCACCAACACAGGCAAGUUGGGUGAAGUGUCUUGCCCAAGGACACAACAGCAGAAUACCCCUGGCGGGAGCUGGAAUCAAACCCAUGACCCUUCAAUCAUGAGGCAACCCGCUCUACCUCCUGAGCUACUGCUGCCCCAUAAACCAUAAAACCAGUGAAGUAAAUAUUUUUCCUGGAAAAGUUCUUCAUGCUUUUGGUUCGUGUUCUGAUUCUGAUCCAGCCAUCUGAUCGAUCAGCUGAGUGGAAAACAACUAGCAGCCUGUUUGGACAGAACCGUGUGGGGGGAGUUUUCUAGACUCUAUAAGCUGGCCUCUCUCUGAUCUGACCCUAAAAGAGAACCAUGACUGGACUGAAGAUCCUCCUCUGGGCAGCAGCUCUGGCCCUGUUGGUCGCUUCUGUGGAGUCCUCAUCAGGAGGAAAGGUCUGAGCCAGGUGUCCUGAGGUGUCAAGACC